GCAGCGUGUGUCUCGUACACUUAGUGAACUUAAUCCCUCGUGAUUUAGCUCGUUUAUGAUGUUUUCUGUGUGAGUCGUUUCGAGGCGGAGCUGAUGAGAUGACUGCGGACAACGAAAUGGAGAUUAAAGAGGCGUUUCAGCGCGCUCAGAGAGGCCACAACAACAAGGCGAAGCUGGUGGCGAGUCUGAAGAGCAGAUACUGCAAGCUCGAGGACAAGACGCUGUUCCACGAAGAGUUCGUCCACUACAUGAAGUACGCCAUGAUAGUCUACAAGCGUGAGCCCACGGUUGAAAACGUCAUCGAGUUUGUCGCGCGGUUUGCCACAAGUUUCCAGUUUGCACCUAAAGCGGGGGAGGAGGAGGGGGAGCAGGAGGAACAGGAGGAGGAGGAGGAUGAAGACAUUGAGGAUGAUCACCCAUUUCUGAGUUUCAUCUUCAACUUCCUGUUGGAGUCUCACAAAGCCAGCAGCCACGCGGUGCGUUUCCGUGUGUGCCAGCUGAUCAACAAGUUGCUGGGCAGCAUGGCAGAGAACGCCCAGAUCGACGACGACCUCUUCGAUCGCAUCCACCAAGCCAUGCUGGUGCGCGUCACCGAUAAGUUCCCCAACGUGAGGAUUCAGGCUGCUUUGGCCAUGACCCGCCUACAACAGCCAAAGGAUCCCGACUGUCCCACCAUCAAUGCGUACAUGUUGAUUCUGGAAAACGAUUCAAAUGCCGAGGUGAGGCGCGCCGUUCUUUCCUGCAUUGCAAUGUCUCCUCGCACCCUCCCCAAAGUCCUCAAACGCACCCGGGACAUCAAAGAGAACGUCCGCAAGCUCGCCUACCAGGUUCUGUCUGACAAAGUUCACAUCCAAGCUUUGAGCAUCGCACAGAGAGUGAAUCUGCUGCAGCAGGGCCUCCGUGACACUUCAGAAGCCGUGAGGGAUGUGGUGUGUUCCCGCCUGCUGCCCUCCUGGCUGCAGCGGCUCGACGGUAACGUCAUAGAGCUGCUCCACAGGCUGGACGUCGAAAACUGCUCGCAAACAGCCCUGGACACGCUGAAAGCCAUUUUCAAAGGAACGGCAGCUGAAGAACUUCUGCAGAACCGGGUGCAGCUCGACAACAGGAAGCUGAUCCCCGUGGACUGUCUGACCUGUGAGACUGUGCUUUACUGGAGAGCUCUGUGUGAGUUCAUCAAGGAGAAAGGAGACGACGGGGAUGAAAUGCUGGAGCAGGUGUUGCCUGAUGCUGCAUCUUACGCCGACUACCUCUACGGAUAUCUGAAGGCGGUGCCUCUGCUGUCCGAGGAACAGAGGGCCGACUUUAACCAGCUGGAGCUCGUCAUGACCAAAGAGUUCAUCUCACAGCAGCUAAUCCAUCUGAUCGGGUGUCUGGACACCAACGAGGAGGGCGGCAGAAAGAGGGUGUUGGCCGUUCUGCAGGAGAUGCUGGCUCUCCCUCAGACUCCCUCCUCCCUGGUCUCCCUUCUCACCGAGAAACUUCUCGCCCUUAUCCUGGAUGACCUCAGACGCAUACAGACUGUGGCAGAGAUCAUCUCAGAUGUGAGGGAGCCCAUCACGGAGACCAGCGUGCCCGUGGAUGAGAACGAGAGCCGUCGGCAGCAGGUCCAGCUUGCAGAGGUGAAGGUGCGUAUCAUGGAGGCCAAACAAACCCUGGAGGACUGUAUCGCGGCGCAGGACUUCAGCCGUGCUGCCGGCCUGAAGGACACCAUCACAGAGCUCGAGAACCGCAGGAACAACGUCAUCCAGGAGAUCGCAGCGAGCAGCCAGCAGGCUGACAAGGAGACCCGCGUUGAGAAGAACGACCCCGAGACUCUGCUGAGGUGUCUCACAAUGUGUGCGGAGCUGCUGAAGCAGAUGAGCAUCAAGACGAGGAUUGGUCCAACCAUAAGUGCCCUCAUGUCCUCUCUGGUCCUGCCCUGUAUAGCAAACGCUCACCCAGCUGUCCGCAACAUGGCCGUGGUGUGCUUGGGAACAUGCACUCUGCACAGCCGGGAGCUCGCCAAAACACACAUGGUGCUGCUGCUACAGAUAGCCCAGCUGGAUGAGAUAAAGAUCCGUAUCAGUGCUCUGCGGGCGAUCAUCGACCUGCUGCUGCUGUUCGGCUUCGAGCUGCUCUCUGACUCGGCUGCCGCUCAGACCGCCCCGCCCUCUCAGUCCCCGGACAGACAGGAAGAGGACGCACCUGUGGCCGAGGAGAAGGGAGACACCCCCGAGGAAACCUCACAGAGUAUAAUCGUGAUGCUCUCAGAGUUCCUGGACAGCGAGGUGUCUGACCUGCGCACAGAGACCGCUGAGGGUCUGGCUAAACUGAUUUACACCGGCCGUAUGUCCAGUGCCAAGAUGCUCUCCCGUCUGGUGUUGUUGUGGUACAAUCCUGUCACCGAGGACGACACACGACUACGGCACUGCCUUGGAGUCUUCUUCCAGCUCUACGCCCGCGAGAGCAGGGCCCACCAGGAGGUCUUGGAGGAGAGUUUCCUGCCGACUGUUCGGACUCUUAUGAACGCCCCGGCCACCUCUCCACUAGCUGAGGUGGAUAUUAACAACGUGGUCGAGCUCCUGGUGGAGCUGACCCGUCCCACCGCACUUAUUAAGCCCUCCACCAAUACAGAGGAGGUGUGUGUCCAUGACUUCUUGGCUGUACGCAUUUGCGGUGAGAUGCUGAGAGACCCCACAGCCCCCGAGGUGCGUCUCUAUGCCAAGACUCUGAGCAACCUGGAGCUCAGCCGAGACGAGACGGUCAGGAGAGACCUGCAGACGCUGCUGCAGCAGCUUGUACAGGUGGUGAAGGAUCGCAACUGUCUCCGUUUUCUGGAGAAGAUGGUGUCUCAGCUCGUGGACUCAAAAGAACAGGCGGAGCUACUCAACGCCAGCGCAUUACAGCCCCUGGACGUCAAUGCAGACGAGGCUGCAGCAGACGAUCCAUCGAAAUCUGCCAAGAGAGCCAAAAGAGGUCAGAGGAAAGUCUGCACGCCCAGAACGGGCAGAAAGCCGAGCAGGAGGGCAGAGUCGUCCGAGGAGAGCGAUGGAGAAAACGUUCCAGAGUCCGUCCCCAUGGUGCGCCCCUCUCGGCGGGCUAAGUCUGCAGCUCUGGAGAAGACGAAGCUGGACCUUAACCCCCUCAUCGACCAGGAGGCAAAUGUCUGAUAGAAGUCGGGAACAAAGUGUGCACAAAUGGAUGAUGAAAUACUUUUCUUUCUUUUACCAGCAUUUAUACCUCCUGUGAGGAACAACUUUGGCGCCCCCUGUGGACAAAGUAGGAUUGCUGCUUUUGUCCUGUGCAUGUGUAGUGUUGUCUGACAAUCUAUUCCUGCUUUCUUUUAACAAACUUCUCACUCAUUGUUCUUAUCUGCUGUCAUAAAUAUAAAUGUUCUUUGUCUGACUCUUGUGCCAUUUAACAAUCAUCCAUCUUGAUGUUUUUGUAAGUCAUGAAAAGUUUUUUAAGGUGUCUUAACUUUUAAUCCAGUCAGACCAGACCAGUGAAUGUGUCUUAACUGAAAGAUGUUCCUGACUCUCUGGUCAUGUCUUUUUAAAUGUCUUUCGGUUCAAGUUUGCCAUUUUAACCAUUAAAGUAAAAUCUGAAGAAACAA